UGUGACGCAAUCGGAGGCGUUGGCCGCUGUUCAGUGACAUUCUGUCCCAUCACCAGAAGCGGGGUUGACCCGUUGAAGACUUUUGUUGUUUAAUUCUUUCAGCACAGAUUGUAGUAACUUUUUUAAAAAAACACAAAGCAGCUCUAAAACAUUAAACGUUUCUCUGUAAACUCGUAGAAAUGAUCAAAAACGGACACCACGCUACCAAGGAUCAGAGCGGAGAAGCCGGUUGCAGUAAGCCGGGUGCCUCCGCGUGUAGCCCGGAGAAAAGGAAGAGGGUGGUCCGGUUGUGGUGCGAUGGAUGCUACGAUAUGGUGCACUAUGGUCACUCCAACCAGCUGCGGCAGGCUAAAUCAAUGGGAGAUUACCUCAUAGUUGGGGUCCACACAGAUGCGGAGAUUUCCAAACACAAAGGUCCCCCAGUUUUCACUCAGGAAGAGCGCUACAAGAUGGUCCGCGCCAUCAAGUGGGUGGAUGAGAUAGUUGAGGGAGCACCUUAUGUCACCACUCUGGAGACUUUGGACGAAUACAACUGUGACUUCUGUGUGCAUGGAGAUGACAUCACGCUAACAGUUGACGGUAAGGACACGUACGCAGAGGUUAAGCGUGCCGGGCGCUACAGAGAAUGUAAACGCACUCAGGGCGUCUCCACCACCGACCUGGUGGGACGAAUGCUGCUAAUGACCAAAGCCCACCACAGCAACAUGGAAAAUACAGAUUACCAGCAGCACACUGACAACUUUGGAAAGGGUGCUACACUCCACAGUCCGUGGACUGGGGUGUCUCAGUUCCUGCAAACAUCUCAGAAGAUCAUCCAGUUUGCCUCAGGGAAGGAGCCGCAGCCUGGAGACACCAUCAUUUAUGUGGCGGGAGCUUUUGAUCUUUUCCACAUCGGCCAUGUUGACUUCCUGGAAAUGGUUUACAAGCAGGCGGAGAAGGCCUACGUUAUCGUGGGUCUGCACUUUGAUCAGGAAGUGAACCGCUACAAGAGGAAGAACUACCCGAUCAUGAACAUCCAUGAGAGGACUCUGAGCGUCCUCGCCUGUCGGUAUGUGUCAGAGGUGGUGAUUGGUGCUCCUUAUGCAGUGGGCAAGGACCUGCUGGAUCAUUUCAAGGUGGAUUUGGUUUGUCACGGCAAAACCGAGGUGUUUCCAGACAAGGACGGGGUCGACCCAUACGCUGAGCCGAGGAGGAGGGGGAUAUUCAGGACCAUCGACAGCGGGAACAGUCUCACCACUGAUGACAUCGUGCAGAGGAUCAUCGCAAACAGGCUGCAGUAUGAAGCCAGGAACCAGAAAAAGGAGGCUAAGGAGAUGGAGGUGUUCGAAGCGAUGAAGAGGAGGGAACACCAGGAGCAGGAGGCGCAGCAGGAUGAAGCUGUGGCACAUUAAUGCGCCUGGACAGUUUUUAAUCUGUUUUAUGCAUCCAGGUACAACUCAGCUUUAAGAAGGAUGAUCCGGCAGGGCCAGCCUGUUUCAGAUCCUCUAUACGGUCUCAGUUUUUAAAGAAAUAAUCUUUACUCCUUCAUUUCCGCCAAAGAAAACUUUACUUGUUAGGUUUAGUUUUUCCCCCAUUUGAGUCACACACUACAUGUGAUAGAAUGUUGAGUUUGGGAUUUUAUUCAUAACUUAUGAAUUGUUAAUAUCAGUCUUUUAAGCAAAGGAGUUUUAGCAUCAGUAAUGUUUAAUGCGCUGUAAAGUAUCACCGUUAAUUUCUUGCUAUAGUUUUGUUUUUGUCCUCACUGUAUUAAAAAAAAAAACCGUCGUAGCUUUGUAUAAUAACUUGUGAAAUAGUGUGUCGAUUUUUAUCUGUGGAUUUUAACCACCUGAAUUUGCACCAAGUGUGAAUGAAUGUGUGUCAGUGUGAGCGAGUGCAUACAGAAGAGAGGGCGUGAGUGUGUGAGAGGAACGUAGUGCCUCGAUCCUGAAGCUAUAAAUUAUUGUAAGGGCUGUUAGUUUCAACCACUUCUGUCUCUGAAGCUGUUUGAUUUAAAUAAAUAACAUAUUUUCUUCUUUUUUUAUGAGACAAUCCAAGGAAAGGAAAGAUUUUCAUUUCCAGACCUCCUCUGUUGUUUUCUUUUAACAGAGUUCUGUUAAUGUGAUCCUUGAAAACAAAAUGGUCUAAACGUGGUGAGAUAUAAACUUACCUGGUUGUUUUUGUUUUGUUUUGUUUUUUUCAUGUUGGCGCUUUUCGCAGCUUUUCAGUAACAACUUUUUUGUGCGUGUAUAUUUCACUCUGUGAAAUAAAAUGGGUAAUCUGUGAAAA